AUGGCACCCCGCGCAAAGGCACAAGCACCUGCCGCGGAUGAUAGCGAAGACGAUCUCGCGACUACCACAACUCGAGGCGCCGCGCAGAACAAACGCCGUCCCGCCAAAAUGACCAAGGCAAAGACGGCAGCGCGCCGAUUGAGCGCGACGACGCCUGCAGCGAAGCGCAAGGCCGCGACCAGGCAACCGCGACAGGCAUUGAAAGACCGAACCAACAUUCAAGACGGUAACGAGACAGAAGAGGUCGACGCGUUCGACGAGGAAGAUAUGGCCGCAAAGCCGAAGGCAAAGAAAGCAAAAACGACCGCUACGCGUAAAACAGCUGCCGCAAAGGCGCAAGCGACUGAGCAUGAAGCAGAGAAAGCGCCGUCGAAGCGUGGGAGAAAGCCAAAGCGAGCACCAUCGCCUGAGCCCUUGUUGACCAUACCGGAGACGCAGCCAGAUCUACCAGAGCAGAUGGAAGAUGUCGAACAAUCAAUCGAAGUCGACCCGGACAACAUGGAUAUCGAGAAGGAACCAACGCCAAAGCGGGCUCCGAUUUAUGUUCAACGCGCACCAUCUCCUCCUUUUGCACCUAUUCGCGACCGCAGCAAUAGUGCUAGCGGCACGGAAAGGCGAGGUGGCGACCCUGAGCUCAGGCGCCAGUUGAACGAUUUGACCUCCAAGUACGAGAACCUGAACUUGAAGUAUCAAGGUCUGCAAGACAUACAGCAAGGAGGCGAAACGAACUUCGAGAAGCUGAAGCGCGCAAGUGAUCAGAAGGCGAAAGAUGCCAACGACCUUAUCGCCUCCUUGAGAAAGGAGAUAUACGAAUUUCGCAAGACGUCCAAUUUGAGCUCUAGCGAGACGAACAACAUGCAAAAGCAAGUCACUUCUCUGACGACUUCGAACGAGAAGUUGACUGUCGAGCGCAACGACUUGAAGGAAAAGCUCCAGCUUUCACAGAACGAAGUCAAGUCGUUAGAGGCGAAGCUUAUGGCUGCAAGACAGCAGGUGGCUAAUGCUGCACAAGAAGCCAAGACCCAAGAAGUAACGAAGAAGCAGAACAGUUCUGUGUCAGUGAACGUGGCAGAAGCUCAAAAGGAAGCCAAGAUGAAGGAGAAUCUUUAUGCAGAUCUCACUGGCUUGAUCAUUGCCAAUGUCAAGCGUAACGAGGGCGAGGACAUCUAUGACUGCAUCCAGACUGGUCGCAACGGAACCCUUCACUUCCACCUCAAUGUCGGAAACGAUGCCACGACACCUCAUCCCAAGACACCUUCUGGUAUGAGCUAUGAAGAUGCUGAAUUCUCGUAUGAACCACUACUCGACGAAAGCAGAGAUCGUGAACUUUUGGAGCUGCUUCCAGACUAUCUCACGGAAGAGAUCUGCUUCCCUCGAAAUCACGCCCAGAGAUUCUACAGCAAAGUCGUCGAGAGCAUGACUAAGAAGUUCGUUGUCGAGGAGGAUUGA